AAUCCAUCUAUCUUUACACCCCCCACCCCUCUCUCUCUCUCUCUCUCUCUCUCUCUAAGCCCUAGAUUUUCUCCUCCCUUCUCCUCCGAUAUUUUCUCGGGAAAAAGAAAUGGCAAACGCAGCAUCUGGGAUGGCUGUACACGACGACUGCAAGCUAAAGUUUUUAGAACUGAAGGCAAAAAGGACUUACCGCUUCAUUGUUUACAAGAUUGAAGAGAAGCAAAAGGAGGUUGUUGUGGAGAAGCUUGGUGAGCCAACUGAUAGUUACGAGGUUUUCUCUGCAAGCCUUCCCGCUGAUGAGUGCCGAUAUGCUGUCUAUGACUUUGAUUUUGUGACAGAAGAGAAUGUCCCGAGGAGCAGGAUUGUUUUCAUUGCUUGGUCCCCUGAUACUUCAAAGGUGAGAAGCAAGAUGAUUUAUGCAAGCUCCAAGGACAGGUUUAAGAGAGAAUUGGAUGGUAUUCAGAUAGAGUUGCAAGCUACUGAUCCUACUGAGAUGGGCCUUGAUGUUAUUAGAAGCCGCACUAAUUGAAUGUAAAGUGCGUGCUAUGCAACGGAGAUCUCUCCAACUAUCCAGUUCAAUGUCUAUAGGUCGUGGAACUUUGAACUUGCUUUAAUACUCUGAGAAUGGCUUGUUUUUUUUUUUACAUUUAAAACACGGUGAAUCGUCUGUGGUUUUAUUGGCUUAUUACUUAGUAGUGUGAAUUUAUACACACUGAUUAUAUCCCGGAUUAUGAGGGUGCAUAUCAAUUUCAGUUGUUUGCUUAUGUGA